AUGGAAGGAUGGGUACAGCAACAGCAGCAACAGCAGCAGCAUGCUUCUUCGAUGUCGCCUAUGCACCAGCAAGUCCAUCUAAAUCAACAACAACAGAAAUGUUCACAAUCACAGGGAGGGUCGAACUACAACUCCCCCUCUAUGAACAUCAUGAGUCCCGCAUUCAACAACACUGCUUCGAACCACCACACCCCAAUAAACGAUGGCUCUGUGGGACAAAUCGAACACAGCAACGGCGUGGACGGUGAUCAUACGCCAGGGAACACACACUUUAGUGAUUACCUCAACGGAGAUUUGGAUGAUGGUUCCCACCAUUUUGCCAUGAUGGACGAGCCGUCAACGGCCAAGGAUGAUUGGACCGACAUUGCAAACUUGCACGAGUUGAACGAUAUCGAUAUGAACUUCUUCCCUGAUGAUCUCGCCACUCAGCAGCAGCAGAUCAAUGGAUCAAAGACCAAGCAUGAGUCCAUCCCGAUCCAUGAGAAGGUCAGUGACCAUGUACCGCCAACGCCAACGAGCUUUGAAGUAGCGUCAUAUGCUAACCCACAUUUCAUGGAGUCGUUUGAUUCUCCAAUGCUGGAUCAUCAGGGGAGUGCGUCUAUUAGAACAGAUGUCGUGUUCACACCUUUGGUGUCACCAGCAGUGACGCCCAUGGAUUCGAUUAUGAACAACAAUCAGAAUAAACAGGUUGGCUUCUUUUCUCCCUUGACAUCUCCUGCUUUGGAGGCCAAAUCUCCAAGGAGGUUGAAGAAGACAUCAAGUAAUGACGAACAGCAACAGUCACAGUCACAACAGAAGAAGAAAUAUACAAAGAGGAAGACACCAGGCUCAACUCCGAUUGUCGGUCCAACCAUUCCUGGAAGAAUAGCUAAACAGUCGCCUAUCAUCAAGGCACGUCGUUCGACAAGCUACACAUCUGCCUUGACUCAGAAACAACAACAACAGCAGCAGCAGCAGCAACAACAUCAACAACAACAUCAACAGCAGCAAGCACAGCAACAGCAACAGCAAAUACAACAACAGCAAGUACAACAGGAGUUUUUACCACCUUCUGAGAAGUCAAUGGCUCCACCAAAGAGCAGAAAUAGAACAAAAUCUGGCUCCCAACCUGCGACACCUGCAACGUUGAUGAACUUCAAACUUGAGAAGAAUGGAACUUCGAGGUCACCCGUAAUUUUACCCUCCAACGGCAACACUACACAUGCCUCUGCGACUCCAACUGCAAACACUUCGAGAAGCUCCUCCACUUCAACGAUAAAGCAAACCCAACAGGUGGUUGCGCCUACUAGUUCGACUCGUACCGGCUCCGAAGAAGAAGAUACAGUACUGAACCCGGGACAGGGUGGUGACGGAGGCUCCACAGGUGGUGAUUCAAAUUCGAAAAAGGCAUCGCAUAAACUUGCCGAACAAGGUCGUCGUAACAGAAUGAACCAGGCCAUCAUUGAUCUGGGCUCUCUAAUUCCUGAAUCUCUACAAGCUACUGUUGCCAUACCGAGUAAGGCAACUACGGUGGAACUGGCAAGUGAAUACAUCAAGUCUCUGAUUGGUGAAAUUGACAUGCUAAGGGAACGAAUCAAGUCACAGGGCAGUGACAUCAUGAGUAACGACAGUAUAUCUCCCUUGGAGACUACUCAACAUUCAAGUUAG